CCGAGUCGGCGAUCUGAACCACCUUCUCGUAAUCCGGCUCCGGCUUCAAAAAAGUACGCCUGACUCUACGCAUUCCUUAUCAUUUCUACUCAUCCCUGGUAUCUCACGAGAAGACGAACAUUACCCAUCUUCAAAACAAGGAGCCAAGAUGCCACCUCCGCCUCCACCCCCAAGGCGGCCAGCGCUGGGCGCCGCCGGAGCCUCCAAAGAAGAGAACGUCUACAUCCCCAACUUCAUCAGCAAACGGCCUUUCUACGCCGUUGACGAAGGCGAAAACACCGACUACCUAGAGCAUCAGCGUAUCCAGAAGAAAGAAAAGGACACAGGAUGGUACGACCGGGGCAAGACGCUCGGGCCGGCAGCGACAAAGUACCGCAAGGGCGCGUGCGAGAACUGCGGCGCGAUGACGCACAAGGUUAAGGACUGCCUCAGCCGACCGCGUGCCAAGGGGGCCAAGUGGACGGGUCGCGACAUCAAGGCCGACGAGCUGGUGCAGGAUGUCCGGAUGGGCUGGGACGCCAAGCGAGACCGGUGGAACGGCUACGACGCGAGGGAGUACCAAGCAGUCGUGGAAGACUACAACAAGAUGGAGGAGCUGAGGAAGGAGAUGCAGGCCAAGGCUGCGGCAGAAUCGGGCAAGGCGAUUGAGGACGGAGACCACUACGCCGAAACUUCCGACAUGAGCAAGCACCAGCCGACAUCAACGAGGCAGCUACGACUACGAGAGGAUACUGCCAAGUAUCUACUGAACUUGGAUCUUGAUUCAGCAAAGUAUGACCCCAAGACACGAACAAUCGUUGACGCUGGCGCGACGAACGACAAGACAGCAGAGCUUUACGCCGAGCAGGGCUUCCUCAGGCAGUCGGGCGACGCCGCAGAGUUUGAAAAGGCACAAAGAUAUGCAUGGGAGGCACAAGAGAAGGGCGGCGACACAAGCCUACAUCUGCAGGCGAACCCGACGGCAGGCUCCUACAUGCGGAAGAAGCUCAAGGAGGAGGAAGACGCAAAGAGGGAAGAGCGCGAGAGGCAACUGCGGGAGAAGUACGGCGGGGAGGAGACCAAGGUGUUACCCGAUGCCAUCAGGCAAAUGGCCGUUACUGAAUCGGAGAGGUAUGUGGAGUACGACGAAAUCGGCCUGAUCAAGGGUGGGCCCAAGGGUGUGGCUCGGUCAAAGUACAAAGAAGACAUCUUCCACAACAACCACACCUCGGUCUGGGGAAGUUGGUGGUCCGACUUUAAAUGGGGUUACGCAUGUUGUCACUCUUUCGUCAAGAACAGUUACUGCACGGGUGAGGAAGGCAAGGCGGCCUGGGAGGCAGCCGAGAGGCAACGGACGGGAUCCGGACUACUGGAGCCGGCCGCGGAUGCAGAAGUUGACGGCGCCAGGGAAGAGGAGAGGAAAGCAAGCGAAGCGGAAACCGCGGCCGCAGCGAAGGAGAAGGCCAAGAAGCGAACAGCCGAACAAAUGAUAGGAGACGUUACCGAGGCCGAGCUGGAUGAGUACAGGAGAAAACGGACGAAUACUGAUGAUCCCAUGGCUCAGCUUCUCGGCAGGGACGAGCUUGUCACCUAGUCAUUGUACUAAUAUGAUUGAUGUUCACCCCGGCAAAAUCUUGUAUCGUUUACCGUCCAGGAGAUUUGCCUCACGUCAUUGAGUUGUUUGGCGAUAUCUACGAGCCAGUCUACUCCCUGAUUGUCAUUUUGAUGGAAUGAUCGAGGCUUUACCUGUGGCGUGACAGCGGCUUGGGGCCGACUGCAGCUGGUGGCACUAAAAAAGCACUAAGAAUGUACCUGAUCUUUUUUCUGCGCGACUGACGACCAGAUGUACGGUAUGCAUGCGUAGGUUUGACUUGGCGCCAAAGGACCUGCCGUCCGCCCCAGACGUAGAACACGAGAUGGGGA